CCCCUCCAACCCCCGCAUGACUCAACCCCCAAAAACCCUCACCACAUCAUCCCUCCGAAUAAGGAAUAGAACAGAAUAAGCACACAAAAACCUUAAAUCCCUCGCCAAGCCGUUGACGAAUCCAUUGCGUCGCCUUGCGGCCAUCGCCCAUCGCAAUUUCCCAUGCCUUGUUUGUGAGGAUACUACUGCGGCGACGACGUGUCAGAGGUAGAGUCACAGACCGGAUGGCAGGUGGGUCUCGGUACGAUAAGAUGGGAUGAUGGAUGGUCUAGAUGGGGGAAGCUGGACUGGAUACUACUAUGGCAGUACGUGAUGGUUUUGUUGAUGUUACAGAGGCAGGCGUUGAUGAUGAUGGCGUGGCUGUGCAUCGGGGAGGGAAGGCUCUAUGCCGGGGUGAGGGGGAGUACCGGUGCCGUGAUGCCGAAGGGGAUAUUAAUUACCAACUGUAUACCUCGGCGAGUAAAGAAGCAGGCGAUGCGAGACGACGCGUACGAAGUGCUUCAAUGACGCCAUAGGUGUUGUGGGUGGGGUAUAGUAUAUUACAGGGCGUUAAUCACGUGCUUGACUUUUAAAAAGUUGUAUCUGAAGGUAUACCUCACGACCCUCUCUCUUGAUGGAUAUGGUCCGUCAUAUACGCGGAAUCAAUCGCACUCAAGGAGGUAAGUUACGCCGAUAUGACGGUUUUACGGGGCGUUAUCGACGAUAGCCAAGAUAUCCACGCCCUUCUCAAGACAUAGGUAUGGAGCUCGUAUUAGGUAAUCAGACAUCGGCGACGUAUAUACUUCCACAUCACAAUAUUCUCAUAUCCUCCAUAUCACCAACUCCAUUUUUUACAUUCUCCAACUCAGACGCUAUCCUCACAAUGACCGUUCCCAAACCCCCAACCCGCAUCCUCAUCCUCGGCUCCGGCGUCGUCGGCUCCUCCCUCGCCCAUGUUCUCUCCACGUCCUCCCUCCCCCCCUCCACCACAAUUCAAGUCCUCUCUCCCCCUCUCACCACACUCACGACCUCCACCUCCCUCGCACCCGGUCUAGUCGGACAACUCAACGCCCUCCCAGCUCUCACCACUCUCGCCAAGGCAAGCGUGAAGGCGUAUCUCACUCUCCCACCAGGAGCUUUUUCUCAAGCCGGGGGGUUGGAGAUUGCGAGUUCGGCUGAGGGGAUUAAGAUAUUGGAGGAGAGAUUGGAGAAGGCGCGGGAGGCGGGGUUGGAGGCGCGGCUCGUUGAUUCGGAGGAGAUUGCCAAAUUAUCCCCGCAAUUCCACGUCAAGGAUGGGGUGUCGAGGGGUCUUUAUUUCCCGACUGAUGGCGUAGCGGAGCCUUCAAGGAUCGUGGAAGCCUACCAGGCCUCCGCGCGCGCGAAUGGGGUGGAGUUCAUCGAAGCCAUCGCGCUGGGUAUCAAACACCUCAAUGGCGUGGUGAAGGGCAUCAACACCUCCGCCGGCUUCAUCAGCGCCGACAAAAUCAUCGUCGCAAGCGGGAUAUGGAGCGCAGAGUUACUGAAGGAUAUCCUCCACAUCCCUGUUAUUCCUGUUGGGCACCCCUACCUCCACGGUGCGCCGCGGCCGGAGAGGGGGGAGAAAAGCCCGUUUGUCCGCUGGCCGGAGAAGGGGGUUUAUGGCCGCGACCACGGCGCCUGCGAAGGAUUCGGAACCUACGACCACGCACCCCUCCCCGUUGCCGCCGCGGAGGGCGCAGAGAAGGGGUGGGCUCCCGAGUUUGACUCCGCUGUUGAACGGGCGCUGGGGUUAUUCCCCUCAGAAACCAGGCAAGCAAUGACAGCAGACGGGUCUCGGAAAUUUAACGGUGUCUUCGCGGUAACCCCCGACGGACUCCCCGUGGUGGGGCCAGUGGGGGAUAUAAAUGGCCUCUGGGUCGCGGCGGGAGUGUGGGUUACGCAUGCGAUGGGCGUUGCGGGGUUAGUUGCUAAGAUGGUUUUGAAGGAGGAGAGGGAGGUUGAGGUUUCGUCUGGGGGCGAGGGGAGUGAAGUGGUGGAAGAGGUGGUGGUGGUGGAUGAGGAGUUUGAGGAGUUGAAGAGGGUGUUGAAUCCGGGGAGGUUUGGGGGGAGGGGGGUGGAGGAGUUGAGGAGGGAGGCGGGGGGGAGGUAUAAUGAUAUAUAUAAUCUUGAGGAGUAGGAGGGAAGGGAAUUGAUGGGAUGGAUAAUAGCUGUGGAUGGACUGGUUGAAGGUAUGUGUGAGUUGAUAGUGUUUAAAAAGGCGUUCUGUGGAAUAUGACGUGGAUGAUAUAAAGGUCGGUUUACACCUCCUAUACAACAAAAUAAAUCGAAAGGACAUUGUCCACCUUGAAAAAAG